GUUAGCUGAAUCCCGCUGUCCAGCCUGUUUGGCGUCUGUUUUUUGUCGAUGGAAGCGCUCCGGCAGAGAGACUGACGUCAAAGUAAAGUUCAAAACACACGCUCAGACUCACAGAGGCAUAUCUUCACUGAAACUGAGAAAAUGAAUGCCGAUUACGGAAGUUCAAAAGGGGACUGGUGUAAUGAAUCCCAGCUCCCUGAUGUAAAAGAAUAUCAAAUAGAACCCCUUCUCCAAAGAAACAUCUUCUUAGGCCUAGAAACCACAUUAGAUCUGACAUGGAAGGACUGGGUCAUUGGAAGAGAGUACACCAAGACACUGGUGAUAAGGAACAUCCGUAAUAAGCUGCAGAAGCUGCACAUUAGUGCUCCAGGGUCCAAGUUUUUCUCAAUUUUGAAUCCUAAAGUAGUUCUUCUCAGCCCAGGGACUUCAGUCUCCAUACCCAUCACUUUUAAACCUCUCCAAAAGUGUGGAUAUAACGACUGCAUUCAGUUUCAAGCUAUUGAAGGAAGCUUUAAAGUAUGCCUGCAUGCUGUACUUCCAAGUCAUAUUCUGAAGGUGCCCGAAUCUGUGAUGCUCCCCCUAUGUGCUGUUGAGCACUACACACUAACCAGUUUCCCACUAAAAAAUAUCAGUAAGGUUCAUUUGUCAUUUAAAUGGGAUAGUGCAGCUCCCUUCCAACUCAGUCCAGAACAAGGCCGGCUAAAACCCGGUCAGCAGUGUGUCAUCGAGGUGGACUUUCAGCCGCUAGAGGCGCAGGUGUACCAGCAGCAGGUGCACUGCACAUAUGGAGAAGAUGGCAGCAAAGCUGAUAGCUGCUGCGCUGUGCUUCUACAAGGGAUAGCCAAAUAUCCAUUUCUUCAAUUAAGAAUUCCCAAUGAAGAAGAGGAAAUCAUCCACGGUGAUAUUGAGUUGGACUUUGGGUCUGUGGCUGUUGGUCACAGUUUGAGUAAACAUUUUGAAAUCUUCAAUCCUUCUCCUGUUAGUGUGUGGUUUUCUCUAUCACAACUGCCUGGAGCGGUAGCCAUAUUUGGAUCACACUUCAGUUGGGAUGUCACCAGUGAGAAAAUAGUGCCUGGUGGUUCCAUCCAGGUUUUGGUUACUUAUUCUCCAACUGAGGUCGACAUAGUCUCUGUGGAGUACUUGUCUCUGAAUUAUAGAGGGUCACUCAGCAAAAGUCAUGUCAAACUCAUAGGAAAGUGUCUGGGUCCCGAACUUUGUUUGUCCUCCUCUGUGGUCGACUUUGGGUGUGUUGAAGAAAAAAGAUUGGCAGUACAAACAGUGGAACUGCUGAACACUUCCCCUGUUCAGGCUACCUACCAAUGGGACAUAGACAGUGCAAACAGUGUUUUUAGAGUUUCACCAGCAAGUGGCACUGUGCUUCCAUAUGGCCAAAUCAAAGUCAAUGUCUCCUACAAACCCACACAACCUAUGCCACACCACAGAAGAGUGGCAUGUCUCAUACUCCUCAGGGAGCCUCUGUUUCUGGACUUGAUUGGUACAUGCCACCCAGAUUUUCAGAAGCCAGUCGCAUUAACACUUGAGCACUUGGUUGAGUACAAGUAUAAGUUGUGCUGUAUGAGUAACUCAUCAGAUACACAGCUGGGGGCGCCUUUACCCACAGAAGAGGAAGGAAAUAGUGCUACUGUCAUUCCUCCAGCACCUAUGGAGAAAUCAAAUGAAAUCAGGGAAGAACACGUGGAUUCUCUCUUCUCGCCAUCAUUUCCAUUUGUAUCUACUGAACCAAGUGAACUGCUGUUUAAUCACAAAGCAACAUCCUUUAUCGCUACAUCAUCUGCUGUCUCACAGUGUGUUACCUUUAAAAAUCACACCAAAGAAAAACUCAGCCUGAUGUGGACCGUUAUCCAAGAUUCCCCUUUCUGUGUUACUCCUUCAUCAUUUGAGUUGGCCCCACUGAAAUCUACCACUGCGCUUGUGACAUAUGAACCAAGACAGAUCAAUGCCCUGCAUGGAGGAGAGCUAGAGUGCUUUGCAUACUGUAAGAUGCCAAAGGAGGAUCCUUCUUCAGAACAAGUCCUUCCAUGUCUGCCUUGUUGUGUGACUGUCAGAGUCAUUAGCCACUCUUUUCAGCCAGGGAAAGAACAUUUCACCCCAUCCUAUAUUUUGAAGCCCCAGCAAGUGGUGUUUCCACCUCUGAGUGUUAUUUCCUAUCGGACCGUGCUACUGCAGAACAACAGCGAUCAGCCUCUCACCUUCUGCCUGAAACACAGAACAAACAGUGACUUGCCAAGGUCUGUGCAUAUGUCACCAGGCUGUGGUUUCAUCCAGCCAGGACAACACCAAAUCCUUACCAUUGGAGCAGUCCCCACUCUGAAUAGUCCCACAGACGGGUUUAACUUACCAUUGCAGCUUAAUGCAGCUCAAUUCACGAAGGAACUGACAGUUGUGAGCUCCUUAAAAAAGCCAUGUGUGUCUUUUGAAAAUAGCAACAGUUUACAUUUCAGCGCUACAGCUGUCGGCUCAAAAUCUGAGCACACCCAUUCCAUCAAGAAUUUAAGCAGCGUGCCCAUCAAGUUUCAGUGGGUCAUUUCAGAGAGAGAUCGGAAUCUUAUCUGGGUUGAACCAGAUGUUGGCAAACUGCAUCCCAAUGAGAGCUCG